AUGGGUAGAGAAAUACUGUAUGAUUCCUUUCUGCUCUCUGAAGUUUGCAUCUUUCUUGAUCAGCCCUCGAUCGCUUCAUUGAGACAAGUCAACUCUCACAUAUGUAAUUUACUCCUAGAAUGUGAUGAUUUUAUUUACUCCAAUGAAUUGUUUAAUAUUUGUAAAAAAUUAUUUAUUAAUAAUGAUGAUGGUAGUACGAGUGUGAGGGUUGUCAAUAUUUGGGACUCAUUUGGUGAUUUUAGAAAUUAUAUUAAGGGUAAAAGGGGAACUGUUUCCUGUUUGGAAUUAUUUAAGGAAUUACUGUUCAACCCAAUGGUUUUAAAAAGUUCUAAUGAUUUUUCUAAUGAGAUUUAUGGCCAGUUUAUUAAUUAUGGGGGAUGUAUGGAAUAUUCUAUCACUCAACCAUGUAGAAUUAUUGGAUGGAUGUUGAGAGAUUUUUGUUCGAAAGAGAAUAAUAAUGUAAUGAUGAAAUUUCACAAAUUUUGCCUCCUCUCUCAUUUUGCUUAUACAUCAAAUGUUGAGGUUAUUUAUUCAAAUGAAGCAAUUGAUCCAUACACAAAGCUUCAUACUCCUAACACAUCAAAUUUUAUUGUAAAUAUUUGGAAUAAGAUGUUUCCAACCAAUUCUGAAUCAGAACCACCAAAGAAACAUGGAUUUGUCAAUAACUUCAUGACAGAUAUUAUUAAAGAGAUGAGAACUAUUGAUUUAUUAUUGAACAUAUUGGAUGAAUUUAAAACCUUUAGAACAGAUAACCCACCUCCACCUAAUUAUAAUGAGAUAAUAUUCCACACUCGUUCAGAUCCAUCCGUUUUCAACUUUACGCCACUUAAUAAUUCAAUUUUAGAGCCAUUGAAAACGUUUUCUGAUAUUCUUACCUAUCAUCAUUGGUUUGCCUACACACCAGAUCCAUUACUUCCAACAACCUAUCCUAAACUAAGAAGACAAUUUCUUGGAAUUGAAGAUGAGGAGAAUUUCUCUGCAAAACACUAUGAUCACUUGAUUAUGUAUGACUGGACAACUACUAUCGGAGGUGGAUUGUGCUCUUACUGGCUAUACGCCAUGGAAUAUUUUACACAUUCAUUUUACCGAUUGGAUACUGGAGAAUUCGUUGUGUUUACGACUAAUCCACAAGAUUGA